UUUGCACUUAAAAAAUCAAAAUGUUAUUAUGUUGUGCAGGUCAAGCAGCUUGUUGUGCAGGGCAAGCAUGCUGAAGCAUGAUGUGAGGAUGCUGCUCAGGCUGAGGAGCAAGUAAGAAGCAUUUCUCCAAGAUAGGAUAUCUCAUGCUCAGCCUCCUAUGUCUAGGCUUCUCUUUCAUGUUGUUGUUUUAUGCCAAAGAUAUUUUUGAUGAGUACUCUUUCAUCCUUCAAUGACCAGAAAAAGGAUCUGUCUGUAUGGGUAUUAGUGCAGUUUUCAGAAUGAGUAUGGUCUUAGCAUUGUUCCAUCUUAGUCUAGCAAUAAUUUUAGCAAUAUCUAAGACUUUUGACACAGAAGCUGGCUCUGUUCUAAAUGAUGGAUGCUGGAGCUUCCAUUUCAUUGCUAUUGCUGUCCUUUUUAUUGCUAGUUUCUGGAUAACUACUGACAUUAUCAUAGUUUACGCCUAUAUCAGUCGAUUUGUGAGUAUGAUUUUCCUCAUAUUCCAAGGUAUCUGUAUUCUCUCACUGGCUUACAAAUUUAACGAGUUUCUUGUAGAAUUUUAUAAUGAAUCUGGAAGUACCACUUCGCUGAUCUUACUGAUCUCAUUUACAGCAGGAAUCUACUUAUUCGAUUUCAUCCUUCUAUGGCUUCUUUACAAAUGGUUCGGAGGAUGCUUCUUUAAUGUAUUCUUGCUGGUCCUUUUCAUUGCAGUUGCGAUUAUAUUUACUACUCUGACAGCAUUGAGGACAAGAGAAAAUGCAUCUAUUCUAACAAACGGGAUUGUACUCUCAUAUAUACUCUACCUUACUUGGGCAGCUUUGGCAUCCGAUCCAGAUGAGAAGUGAAAUACAUUGAUGCAUUCUCAAAAUGCUAAUAUUGUUCAAGUGAUCUUGGGAGUAGCAUUCACCGUAAUUUCAAUCUUAAUAUUUCCCUUGAUCAUUCAAGAUGGAGGGUCUAGCUCAAGUCUCAGUGAUGAAGAACAACCAUUAGAUGAAGUAGAUGUAGGUGGAAAGAAGGUUGACGUAGAGGAUUCUUACAUCUUUCCUCUCUCUUAUGAAACGAUCUAUUUUCAUGUCAUGAUGAUGUGAGCAAGCUGCUAUUAUGCAAUGCUGCUGUCAAACUGGAAUGAUCUUGGAUCUCUAACCGCUCACCCAGAUCCAGAAAAAGAUGAAUAUUUCACAUCCACCAAAUUCAGUUUAUGGAUGAAGCUCUUCAGCAAAUUCUGCUGCUAUUUGAUCUUCUUAUGGUCUCUCAUCGGUCCUUUGAUUCUUCCUGAUGCAGACUGGGAUAUAUAAA